AUGGCCCCUAAGUGCUGCGACCACGUGAAAUUAUCUACUGUGUGCCCACCUCAACUGUGUGGCCACCCCUACUGUGUGACCACCCCUACUGUGUGCCCACCUAUACUGUGUGCACACCCCUACUGUCUGCCCACCUCUACUGUGUGCCCACCCCUAUUGUGUGACCACCCCUACUGUGUUCCCACCUAUACUGUGUGCCCACCCCUUCUGUAUGCCCACCUCUACUGUGUGCCCCCCUUUACUGUGUGCCCACCCCUACUGUGUGUCCACAUCUACUGUGUGCUCACCUCUACUGUGUGCCCACCCCUACUGUGUGCCCACCUCUACUGUGUGCCCACCCCUACUGUGUGCCCACCUCUAAUGUGUUCCCACCUCUACUGUGUGCCCCCCUCUACUGUGUCUGCAUAA